GCAGACACAUGAAAACUAUCAAAGAAAGCCAAAUCUAGUCUAUACAAGUACCAACAACCAAAGCUGGGAAUAGCCUCUUAACCUCCUCGAGAUUGAGCCAAAAUCAAAUCUAGCUUUCUCUAAUUUCCAUAUUUUCCAAAACUUUCAACACACACGUCACUCACUCCCUCACUUCAUCGCAGACAUGACGAAAAAUAGAGACACAAAGAUAGAGAGAUCCGUGGAAAGAGUCUAUCUGAAAAAGUUGAGCGAAGAUUUUGCCUCAAAUUUCUGUCUCCCGGAAUUCGGUUCCCCCCCUAUUUUCUCUCGACAUUUGAAUCCCUUUUUAUGCCUUUAGAUUUGCCUUUUGUUUCUCCAACAUUUCUUCACCCAAACUCCCCUCUCUCUUUUUUUUUCUUCUGUUUUCCACUCACUAAUCACCAUUUCAAGAGAAGAAACAAUAAAUACAAGAGUCAUACAAAAGAGAGAAAAUAACAACUCAUAACGUAAAUCAAACAGAUUAUCCAUCGUCGACAAAAGAGACACUUUUUGUUUCUUCUUCUUGUUUUUACCUCACCAAAUGGGUCCGGACGACGAAAUCCUGAGCCAGAACUACACGUACAGUAACAACAACAGUGCCACGGGAAGCGCCAGCGGCGCCACAACAAGCCACGGCGGUUUCGACGGCGGCGGAAACGGCCGGUCGUCGAAGAAACAGAAACAGAAGCAGAAAGUCCCCCAGCGAGGACUCGGAGUGGCGCAAUUGGAGAGAAUCAGGCUGGAAGAGCAGCAACAACAACAACAACAUACAAAAUCCGACCACCACCACCACCCUUACCUCCACCACCACAGCGGCGGCAGCUCUUCCUCCGCCACCACCUUCAUGGCGCCGACACCUGUCCCUCCUUCAAUGACAUCACCACCGCCCCCGUCAUCCUCUUGCAACGGACACAAUCACCUACCGCUCCUCCACCACAACCAAUCUGUGGACCCGUUGUUUCAAAACCCGAUGCUCAUCAACAAUAUUAAUAACAAACACCGUCAGAGUUUCGACGCUAUUAACAAUUACGGCUCCACGACAACCGUUACAAUCCCGCCGUCGAGCCUCCACGAGUGGGGCCCGCAGCAGUCAAUCUCUGUCCCGUCUGUUGUUACGUCAGCGGGAGGAGGCAGUACCAGCAGCCGCGGCGGCGGCGGGAACUCUAGCAUGGCGAUGCCGACGUGGAACUUCUCAUCGUCGACUCACGACUACAGCGGGAGUGGAUUUUCGUCGUCGGGAAGCUCAAACGUUCCGUAUAACAAUAACAACAAUAAUGAUUCAAACCCUAACUCGCUUUGGUUUCUCCCCUGCCAGCUGGUUCAUAAAGCUGUACCGCCUCCUCAUCAGAAGUACCAGCAGCCCGCACCAUCUUCCACCACUUGUUCCUACAAUUCCUCCAUGAUGAAUGGUCCAAUACCGGCAACUACUUCGUCGUCGUCAUCCUCGGUCAUAAACUUCCACAUAGAGCCACCCUCCUCGGCGACGAACCAAGGCUUCUACAGCAACUUUUCGAGCUUUGGCUGGCCGCCGAUGGAGGAGGAGAAGGUCGGGAUGAAGAGAGCGCAUCCCUUGUCGUCGACCAAGCAGGAGAGCAGCAACGAGAGUGGGGACGUCCCACAUCCUAACUUCAUGUACCACAACAAGCCGCAGCAGCCGCCGCCGCCAUUCCCGUCGGUGGUUCACCACCACCACCACCACGAGUCUCCUUCCUCCUUCAACUUCGGCUCCGGCCCAGUUUUCAACUUCUCUUCCCCUACCCACUAUUUUAGAGAUGGGUGUUCGGGUUGGAACGUGACGUGGCAAGCCGAUCCUAGGAGAUCGAUGAGAGAGAGUGGAUCGGUGACGGCGUUCCCGGGAGAUUUCCUAACUCUAGCUCCCCCCACAGCUCCUCCUCCUAGCUCAACAGCAGCAGCCGGAGCCGCCGUCGGUGGAGUCGCUGGCGGCGGUGGCGGAGGGUGUAACUCGAGUAAUUUUAGGCUCAACGAUCCACACUUUCAUCGUACAACCAAGAAGUUCGAACUCGAUUCAUCCUCGCUCCACAGCCACUACCAUCACCACCACCAUCACCGAGGUGGAAUGGAAGAUCAAAUGGCGGGUGACUCAAGAGCAAGAUAUCAACAACAAAACCAACAGAUGAUGCAGCAGCUGGAACCGCAGCCGCAGCAGCAGCAAGGGAUUUGCCACAACGGCUGCAGCUUCCCCCACAAAAUGAUUAAUGUAGAAGAUGAACGGCGAAGUUCCCUCGUCAAUUCUAACGGUGGUGGUGAUCAUCAUCAUCAUAAACUUGAAAACGUUGACCUCAACUUGAAGCUAUAAAAACUAUUAACAUACAAAAUGAAAUAAAAGAAAAGGGGGGAAGUCAAUUUGUAAUAUGCUUCAUAUAUACCUUUAAGAAUAAGCUUCAAUGAUUUCAUGUAUUUGAUUGCUUAUAUCAUACAUCUACUCAUCAUGUUUGUAUACAAAACUUAAUUAAGCUUGUUUUUAUGC